AUGGCUAGCUCUCGGCCUUCAAAAAGACAAAGGAUCUGCCGAGCAUGUGAUCAAUGUCGUCGGCGUAAGUCCAAAUGCGACGGUGAGCAGCCUGUGUGCUCCAUUUGCCGGGCGGCAGAUCGCCCCUGCACAUAUCAAAAUGGCGGCGGAAGACGAGGGUUGGCCCCUGGAUAUGUCAGGAGCUUGGAGACUGUUCUUGGACUAGUUCUACAACAUGUACCAAACAGCGAGAGCAUGGUACACGACCUUCUGGCCAGGUCGCGGAACGACCACUUCGUUGCUAAAGACCCCGCGAAUGUCUGGCGGAAGUCUCGACUGGCCAAAGAUUUAUCUAAACUGCUUGAUCAAGAUCCCCAAGACAGCUCCGCCAUGACCAUUUCUGACGAAUUUGAGUGGGACACCUCAGAGAUAACCAACACAUCAGGCGUGAUCACCGGUGAUACUGCACACACGACCUCUGUUUUCAAUGAACCUGAACCAGCAUUGGAAGAAAUAAAUCUCAAUAAUGAGUCGAGGACAAGAGAGUGCCUAGAUUUGCCAUACCCACCAAAUACUCUCAGCGUACUAGAGAAUUAUUUUACAUACACUCACUGCUGGUUCCCCAUCAUGGAACGCCAUGAUCUUUUGAGGACGAUGCAUACCGGAUCCCAGGCACAGCAUACCCAAUACCACGGAUCAAGAUUAGCCCUCUGGGCACUUGUGGCAUAUGAAACGUUUACCAAUGACAACGGAGACCGAAGACAGUCCAAUUACUCAGAAAUACAAGAUUCAAUUGGCGCACGCAUCAUGACGCAAUCAUCAAAUCUGGAAUUGGGCCACAUACAAGCUGCUCUUGUUUUCACUUUACUGCAAAUCAAGCUUGGGGAUUUGCUAUAUGCAUGGAGGCUGGCUGGCCAGGCCUCCAGAAUGCUGGCAUCAUUGCCCGCAGCCGCUAAGAAAAACCGAUAUCAUCACACUUUCCAUGGCUGCAUCUUCCUUGACAACCUACUGUCUAGUCUUCUCAACAAAGCACCAUGUAUGUCACUAGCAGAGCAAAGAAAAGAAGAGAUGAUCAAUGAAGACAACAUGGAAGAGUGGGACGUUUGGACGAUAUCCCCACAAGGUUCUGACGGUCAGCGUCCGAGCACACCUCAGGGCCCUCUUCGAGCUUUGAGUAUCUUCAACAAGGUCAACAACCUCAUGGAAUACCUGGCUAGAAUAUUGUAUGUGUCAACCGAUACCCCUGGCGUGGAUCGCUACGAGAUUACAAACAAUCUGCAAGCUGAGCAGACGCUCCUUGCGGAAGAAUAUCCCUAUAGCCACAGCCCUGCAUGCGCUACACCUCCCAUUCUCAUGUUGCAUCUCACCUGCAACUUUGUCAUAUUGGCACUCUCCAGCACAAGCCCAACACUGGACACGGUCGGAAAUGAUCUAGCCGGCAGAGUUUUGCAAUCUACUGUCAUUCUGUUGGACCUAUACGUGGAGAUAACUGGAGCAUCUCGCGUAUCUCCUCUCCUUUUAUGCUUUGCUUUACAGGGUCAACAGUGUUUGAAUGCCAUUUUUCACAACCAUCAUUCAGAAGAACGAGAAGCCUUGGAAACCCGAUUGAGUUCUUACAUACCAUCCAUACAGACGGAAACAAGAACAAUGAACGGACUUCCGGAAAACCGAGAUCCAUUGACUGAUACGCCGUUGUCUCGAGCCAGGAAUAAUCGAUCCAAUGCGCCCAACAAUGGACUUGUUCAACCAAGCGCGUUGCAUGCCUUCAAUUCACAGCUUGGAACGCCCAUCUCCAUUCCUUCGGUGGAUACAGUAUCGGGAUCAAAGAAGAUUUCAGCGCACCAAUCACCCACCGAAGCCACAUUUGUGGACUUGACAGGAUUCGAUGCGUUGUUUGAAGAAAUGGUUACUUCAAUCCCGUCGAACAGAACAACUUCAACAGCCGCCGGAUGGCUGACCGGGUGGGAAAUUGAUGACAUCCUCUUAAAGAACAUUAUCCGGGAUGUGGCGAAACUGGACGCUUGA